AUGAGUUCCGCCUCUGCCCAACUCGGCGCAUUCCGCAUUCCUCAGAUCGAAAAUGAACCAAUGCGUUCGUAUGCGCCUGGAUCUGCGGAGAGAAUUCGACUUGAUGCGGCGAUCAAGAAGAUGAAGAGUGAGCUCCCGUUUGACGUUCCAUGCGUCAUCAACGGUAAAGAGGUCCGCACAAACGAUCUCGCGAAACAACCUUUACCCGCCUCGCACGCGGACCAUCUGUGCACGUAUCACAAGGCGGAUAAAACUACUACUCAAAGGGCUAUUGACGAUGCGGUCAAGGCUCAGAAAGAGUGGGAGGAGAUGGCUUGGAACGAUCGUGCAGCCAUUUUUUUGAAAGCGGCAGAUUUGAUUUCGGGAAAGUAUAGAGAGGAGAUCUUAGCUGCUACGAUGCUUGGACAAGGCAAAAAUGCAUGGCAAGCCGAAAUUGACGCUGCUGCAGAGUUGUGCGACUUUUUGCGAUUCGGAGUCAAGUAUGUCGAAGAGAUUUACGCACAACAGCCACCCAAGAAUGCGGCUGGAUCGUGGAACAGAGUCGAGUACCGACCACUCGAAGGAUUCGUGCUCGCCAUUUCGCCAUUCAACUUUACAGCCAUUGGUGCCAACCUCGUCUGUGCACCAGCCAUGCUCGGUAACGUAUGUGUCUGGAAACCGUCUCCAGCCGCGACGUACUCCAACUACCUCGUCCACCGCGUCCUUCUCGAAGCCGGUCUCCCACCUUCUGUCAUCCAAUUCGUCCCCGGUGACCCAGAAGUCGUCGUGCAGGAAGCACUCAAGAGCCGAGACUUUGCUGGUUUGCAUUUCACUGGGUCGACGGCGGUGUUUAGGCACUUGUGGAAGAGCGUUGGUGAUGGUGUUGGAGAGGGGAGGUAUAGGAAUUAUCCGCGCGUGGUUGGAGAGACGGGUGGCAAAAACUUUCAUCUCGUCCUCCCGUCCGCGCAGGUAGACAAUGCCGUUCAUCAGUCUGUUCGCGCCGCUUUUGAGUACCAAGGUCAAAAGUGCUCCGCGCUCUCGAGACUUUACGUGCCGGCGUCACUCUGGCCAGAAUUUAAAGCCAAACUCUUGAAAGAAGUCGGAACCAUCAAGGUUGGGCCAUCAGAUCAGUGGGAAAACUUUAUGGGUCCAGUCAUCGGCAAGCCUGGUUUCGACAAGAUUGUGGGCUACAUCGAAAAGGCCAAGAACGAGGGCGGUGAGAUUCUGUGCGGAGGAACGGCGGACGGCUCCAAGGGAUACUUUAUCCAGCCGACAAUCAUCCUUACCAAGGACCCAAAGAGCGUGACGAUGCGCGAAGAGAUCUUUGGGCCAGUCGUCACGGUCUACGUCUAUCCGGACGAAGAGGUCGAAAAGACAUACGAGCUCAUCAACACGACCACGGACUAUGCACUCACUGGCUCCAUCUUCUCUCAGGAUCGUUUGGCACUCAUUAAGGCUACGAGUGCGCUCCGCAAUGCGGCGGGUAACGUCUAUUACAAUGAAAAGUGCACCGGUGCCGUCGUGGGCCAGCAACCGUUUGGUGGAAGCCGUGCGAGCGGGACAAACGACAAGGCUGGUAGCGUCGCGCUCUUCUGGCGAUUCAUCAGCGCGCGGAGCAUCAAAGAGGGCUUUGUUGGGCUUGAGCAGUUUGGGUACCCCAGCAAUCUCGUAUCGGAAUUAGAGUUUGGUUCUCAGAUGGCUCUUGAACUUGACCGCUCCCGGCUUGAAUCGAUAAUCACGUCAAGUGAUCCUCUUGAUGGAGAUCCUAUCCUCAACCUCUUGACUGCAGCGCUCACCGAUACUGAGCCAGAAUGGACUGUCCAAGACAUUUACACUGUAAUACAAUCGCAUGAUGGGAUCGAAUUGAAUGCACUCGAUCUGUGUCCUCUGCUCUGGCAGCACGUCCAAGACAAUCAAUCUGCCAUCAAACUGCUUGAACAUAUUGCAGCAAAUGCGAGUAGCAAAGAGUGCAUUAUCGCGCUUCACGAAAUCCAAGAAAUCUUGCUGGGCGACAUAUCCAAAUGGCACGACGAUGAAGAGGAAAAGGAGCGAGGGUUCGAGUUGAUAGACCGCGUUUGUCUGCUGCUUGAUUUGUAUACUACGACCCUUCCCCGCGUGACACUACGCCGCAAGGGACCAUUAGAAACCAUCAAGCCCCUUGCCAAGGGUAUCUCUUCGGCUCUCCGGGCGAUUGGUCCUGCGGCUGAUAAAUUGCGUGGACGCAAGGUGCUCGUUUCGACCUCGACUUUGAUCAGCUCCAUCGUUUCAUGGGCCAAGUCGACUGGCGCGCAGUUCACGUCAGAGGUCUCAGAGUGCAAGGACUUGUUGACGACACUGCUCCUGAGCUCGGUCGCAUCUUAUCAUAGUCAUCUACAUUCACGCCUAUCGGAAGGGUAUAUAGAAAUUCAUCUUCCGCGCAGAUACUUGCACUCUACUCUCGAUGAGGAUUCCAAGGCUGGAGAGAAGGUCGCGUCCACCUUGAUCUCAUGCGCAAAGGGUAUUGAUGUCACGCCCAACGUACUCACGAGACUCUCUGCCCAAGGAGGAACGAUGGCUCUUUCGUGCGUUGUCCUACUCGCCCACUGGCCAUUGGACGAAUACCCAGCGCAACUUGACCAGUUGUCCAAACUCGAGCCAGCGAUGCAAUUCCUCUUACAAAAAGGCACAGCAACCGACGAGUGCACGUUCCUUGUCCUCAGCCGUAGCAACUCGGCAUCUUCAGGCGAACUAGACGCAAAUUUACUCGCGCACUCCAUGGUUACUCUCGCUUCCUCAAACCCAGACCCUAUACAGCGUAAUUCGGCAUUCGUCGCACUCUCUCUUUUAGUGAGAAGAAUACCCCCCACAGCAAGACUUGGACUCUUUGCCGAACUCCUCUCACCAGAUGAUCCAUUCCCACAGAUGCGUGUCGCGGCAGUCGGACUUGUGAAAGAAUCCGUAUUUGAUUCCUUGUCGGUCGGACGGAGGGAUGUCUUUGGGACGAAUGCAUUCUUGGGGCCGCUCGGUCGGUACCUACUUCGUUCAGACCCAGUAGAUCUUUUUGAGCAUCCAUUGGAUGUCAAAGAAUUCUUUUCUUCCACAGAACCGGCGCGCUUGGUGGAGUGUUUAGGAUUCUACUAUACUCUCUUGCAGAGGGACGCUGCAAACAAGACGGGUAUCAAAGAUCGCGCGAGCGUUAGUGAUACGAAGCGGAGUUUACUGGAUCCACUGGUAAAAGCAUUGCAGAAUGUACCUCUCCUGGAAGAUGCGCCUAAUGACGCUCAAAUGUCUAAAAUUGCAUUGGAAAUCGCCCUUGACAGAGUGCUCAAAGCACUUGGACAACACACUUGA